ACGUAUGAUUAAUCUGCGCUUGACUUGUGAAGCAUCAAUAUGUUGUCCUGUACAAGACUCCGUAUUUCGUGGUUGUAAGCGAUCCCAUCCCAGCAGUUGUUGAUAAGAGGAAAGGCAUCCGAUUCAGCCUGCAAAGCCUUAUACAACUUUGACCUUCGUAUUCUCAGAACUUGAUACAAUCAGCCAAUCGGCCGUGUUUGAGAGUUUCUGCUAGCAUGGACUUUAAGCGGCGUAAUCCAGCUAAACGAUUAUUUUCCCACUGUCGUCCAAUUGUCGGGCCCAAACACCUUGACAGGAAUUUUGAAUUGCUCAUACAAAGAACUGAAUAUUUGUAUAGCAGGAGAGAUUCUACCAAUGAGGAGAUAACCAAAGAACUGAUAUUCGGUAAGGCACCAACCUUCAAAUGUACAAAAUGGCUUGAAAAGGUGGGAGAAAUUGAACAUGCAGUGGGGGAAAUUGAACAUGAAGUGAAUAGCAGGUUGAAAAUACAAGAAAAGAGUUCUGACCUUUUGGGGCCCUCACUCAUGGAUCUACAUGGGCUUGUGAUGAGUAUGCUCAAGGAGAUUACUGAUCUCUUGGAAAAAUCUCCAUAUAAGCAUGGUUCAAUGGCAUAUGUACCUCAUGGAAAAAGUAAAAUAAUACCUAAUCCAAUACUUCGUGGUGACGGACAUGGACUGGCACAAGAAGAUAAGAAUGUGAACUUGCAAAGGAGAGCCGAAGCAAAAGGCGAAGCAAAUGUAAAGAUUGGAAUGUCACUAAUACAUGGGAAGGAAGCUGUGGAGGGUAAAGAAAAGCAUCAAGGUAAACAUCUCACGAUUCCAUCAACACCAUCAAGAGCUGCAUCCAUUUCAGAUACAAAGAGUCUGCAGAGUUUUGCAUCAGUGAUAGAAACCAUAAAAAAAAGUGAAGGACAAACACAGAAAGUACCUUUACGGGAUGAAGGAGGUCAAACAAAGCCUAAAUUGACUAAGAAAUUAAGCAAGCCAACCAUCAAUCAGGCAGAAGUUGAGAUUCUUUUUCAAAAUGAAGGAGGUGAGGCGCUACUUGAACCGAGAGUUAAUGCUGGCAGAUCAACUGAGCGGGUUGUGCUUGAGAUAUUGGAAUGCUUCAAUGAUGCUGCAACUAGUAGGAUUGCUAUUCAGGGAACUGGUGGGAUUGGCAAGACUAGUGUGCUGAAAGCCUUGAUCAACCAUUUUCAAUGCAAAAGCCUGUUUGAUGCGAUCAUUUUGGUGACUGUGUCAAGACAUUGGAGCACAAGAAAGAUACAAAAUGAAGUUUCAAGACAGUUAUCACUGUGCCUACCAGACUCUGAAAGUGAUUCUAAAGUUGCAAAGAAACUAUUUCAAGCUUUAUAUGGCAGGAAAUUUUUGUUUCUUCUGGAUGAUGUUUGGGAGCGAGUUGAUUUAAAUGCAGUUGGCAUUCCUGACAUGAUUUCAAGAAAUGGUUGCAGGAUGAUACUUGCAACUAGUAUUGGGGAUGUUUGUACUGAAAUGUCUGCGAAUAGGGUGAUUGAAAUGAAACCUGUCCUUAGAGAAGAAGCUUGGGAAUUAUUUCAUGAGCAAGUGGGUGCACUUGCUGAUUCUCCAGAGAUCCAGCCCUAUGCUUCAGCUAUUGUUCAGGAGUGUGGUGGUUUACCACUGUUGAUCAUUGUUACUGGAAGGGCCCUGGCAGGGGUGAAUGAUGCUUUAGUGUGGAAGCAUGCACUGAUGCAACUUUUACUACCCAGCACACUUGGUACAUAUGGCGCUAAAGCUGUUAUGCAACGUUUGAAAUUCAGCUAUGACAGUUUGAGGGCUUGUGAUAUAAAGAGUUGCUUCCUUUAUUGUGCUUUGUUUUCCGAAGAUCAAGAGGUUAAUAUUUCUGAAGUGGUGAAAAAUUGUUUCCAAGAAGGUCUAAUUUCAGGUAAUUGGGAGGAUGCAUGUAAGAGGGGGCAUGAGAUAAUUAACAUUCUUGUAGAUGCCUUUCUAUUGCAGAGUACCAAUGACGGUAUUGCCAUCAAAAUGCAUGAUGUUGUUAGGGAGUUAGCAUCAAUGAUUAUAUUAUCAAAGCAAGAACGUUAUCAGUUGUUCUUAAGACCUUACUCAAGAUUGACAAGACCAUCAAAUUCGGGAAUCAGUUCAUUGUACAGGCCACUUGAAAACCCUGAAAGCAAUGGAUUGGCAAUUUCUGAAGGUUAUCAAUUCUUGUUUAGAGGUGGUGCAGGUUGGAGGGAGGCUCCGUUAAAAGAGGAGUGGGAAAAAGCUAACAUGAUUGCUUUGAUGGAUACUGAGUUGUCCAGUCUACCUGAAAAUCCACGUUGCCCUAAUCUCCUAAUGUUGUUCCUUCAGAGAAACAGACAUCUAAGAGUGAUACCAACAUCCUUCUUCCAGUGCAUGCCUUCUCUUGAAGUUUUGAACCUAUCUAAUACCAGAAUCAAGUUCUUGCCACAGUCAAUCUUGAAGCUAAAAGCACUUAAAAUGCUUAUUCUACGUAAUUGUGAACGUCUGGUUGUCCUCCCACCUGAAGUUGGAUCUCUUCAAGAUCUCGAGGUGCUUGAUCUCCAAGGCACUGAGGUUAACAAAUUACCUGAUGAGAUUGGUAUUUUGGCUUCUCUAAGGCACUUGGAAGUGUCCUUUUAUGGAUCUAUUAGCCUCUAUGCGUAUGCUAAGCUACCAAAUGAAUUGCUUUCAUGUGGAAUAAUGUCAAAGCUCAUUUCUUUAGAAACACUAAGAAUUGAUGUAUCCCCUGGGGAUAUGAGGUGGAAGAACAGUGUGGAAUCUAUUACGACUGAGGUUUGUAGCUUGCAAAAGUUGACUGCUCUCAAUUUCUGUUUCCCAGAAGUAGAGCUUCUGAAACGUUUUCUUCAAACUUGUAGCAGAUGGCAUGGGCGACUCUUAACCAACUUCAAAUUUGUGGUUGGUUAUGAAGUGGAGCGUAUUGUCUCUAGGGUCCCAAACCAUGUGGUGGUUGAUUAUAAUAAACAUGGUCAAUGCUUGAGAUUUGUUAACGGUGAGAAGGUACCUGAUGCAGUUAUUGAAGUUUUAACUCGUACUGUUGCCUUCUAUUUAGAUCAUCACCUUAGCAUUCGCAGUUUAUCUGAGUUUGGAGUUAGUAAUGUCAAAGGACUGGAAUUAUGUAUUGUGAGUGAAUGCACUCAAAUUCAAUCAAUUGUUGAUAGCACAAAGCUUACGGAGAUUGUAUUUCCAUAUCUGGAGCAUUUGAGUAUUCAUUACUUGUGGAAUUUGAAGUGGAUUUGGAAAGGCCCUAUAAAAGGUGGAAGUUUCGCAAAGCUACGAACUCUGCUGGUGCAUUCAUGUCCAAAGUUGAGAUUUGUUUUUACUAGAGCCAUGCUUUUGUGUGUCUCUAAUCUAGAAGAAUUGGUGGUUGAAGAUUGUCCAGCCAUUGAAGCAAUCAUACUUCGGGAUGAGAUCAUAGAUUCUGAAAAAUUUUCAGACUUGAAUUUGAAAAGGUUGAUACUAAACCAUCUUCCUGGCUUGGUUAACAUUUGGGAAGGUGGUGUGCCCUCAUUAGAAUAUAUUAGCUUGUAUGAGUGCCCUAAUUGGAAGACCGUUGCUAUGAACUCAAAAGUUAAAGUACUCUACAAAGAAGAUUGAAGCAGAUAAUUAUUGGCACAAUGCAUUACAGUGGGAUGAUUGUUCUGGGUCUUAAAGCUCAUUGUACCCAUCUCCAAUGUUGAUGUGCAUAUAUUGGGCUCUGACAUCCUAUACAGUCAAAUAAAUUCCAAAAUAGAUUUUAAUUGGGAAGAGCAAGAGGCCAUUAAUACAGUCGAUGGCAGUGGUAACAAGUGAAGUGGAUAAUCCGGAAUUCCUGUUUGUCAGCAUACUGAUGGUUGAGUAAGAGCUCUGGUUUGAGGGACGUCCUGAUGAAAGACUCCGGGCUUCUUCCCUACUCUGUUUGUACAACUGGAGAACGUUGAUGCGGCCAGGGGCAGAAAGUCAUUGAGGGCUGAAUGGGCUAUAGCCCAGCCUAUAUUUUGAAGUUUUCCCACUCAUCCCCACUCCAGACCAGCACAAGUUUCCCUACCCUUCAGUGCAUAAAGAGACCAUUCAAUGACCAAUUCUGCAGAUCAUAAUGGAAAGACUUCAUAUUAAUGGCUAGCCUAGCUGGAGCUAAUGUUACUUCUCUGCUGUCAUGUGUAUGUAUGAAUGAUUAAUAAGUAGAGGCUUCAAUUCUGAUGCUAAUUGCACUUGAUAAUUGUAAGAUUGUUUAAUCUUUUGUGAGUGGAUUGUGUCCUGAUCCAUAAACAGGAAUGAGGGACAAAUACUGUAAGUCUGUCAUCUUAUUUGGCCACAAAAUGUUAUAAAUCAAUUAUCUUUUUUACUUU